AUUGAGAGUUAGUGCAUCAUUGCACCCCACUGUACACACAACUUUCCAUGAUGUGAUUACCAUGGAAAAAAACAUAGAGAACAUGUUUUUGGCACCUGAGAUUGCUAGUGGAUCAGAAACUGAGAAAAUAUUGAUGGAUAUGGCAGCCAACAUGAGAUCUAGAUGGUUAAAGUACUAUGGUUCAUUUCAUGAAAUCAAUCACAUGAUCAUCAUUGGCCUUGUAUUAGAUGCAAGGUUCAAGUUGAAGAAUGUGACUCACAUCUUUCAAACUGAAGGUUUAGAUGAUGAUGAGGUGCAGAGAAGAACCUUGGAAAUUAAAACCCUUCUACUUGCUCUCUAUGAUCAGUAUGUCCUAGUUGUAGAUGGAGGUAGACACCUGCAAAGGCAGCAAUCUCCAAGCUCUUCGUCUAGCACAGUUACAAGUAGAAGCAGCAGAGGAGGAGUUAGAGGCCAGCUGCUCAAUAAUUGGAAGAACGUUGUUGAAGAAAGCAGUGAGGCAGUGGUAGCACAUGAAGUGGAUCAAUACCUGGAUGCUCCAUUGGACCCAACUGAUGAUGAAGAUUGCUUUGACAUCCUGUGCUAGUGGAAGAUAAAUGGCUGCAAGUUUCCAGUAUUGGCAGCAAUA